UGCAACAGUUGUGUAUACUAUAUAUACCACAGUGCCGGCUCUCGCAGUUCAUCGACUGAAGCUCAGCCCACCCUAACUCGCCGAAGAGGCAAAACGAGUUCCUGGGUACAAUAGAAAAUGGAUCCGAGAAGCGCGGAGCGAUGGUAUUUUCAUUGGAUCGACUGGACGUUAUUCGUGGGUAUGCUGACGGUAUCGGUGGGAGCCGGGCUCUGGCACCACAAAAAAGCCCGAAACGCAAACACGGAGGAUUAUUUGCUCGGAGGCAAAGACCUGAAACUCUUCCCCGUCUCCGCCUCUUUGGUGGCGAGCUUCAUUUCCGGAGUGACGAUUCUCGGCACGCCCUCGGAGGUAUACAAUUUCGGCACCCAAUACUGGAUCACGGUGAUUUCCUUGGUGUUUUCGGGCAUCAUCGUUGUGAACGUUUACUUGCCCGUUUUCACGACUUUGAAAUUAAACUCGGCCUACGAGUACCUCGAGCUGCGAUUCAAUAGAAGCGUGAGAAUACUAAUAUCCCUGAUCUUCGUCGUCGACGUGGUGAUGUACCAAUCGAUCGUUGUUUACGUCCCGGCGCUGGCUCUGAGCCAAGUGAGCGGCAUCGACAUCCAUCUGAUCGGGUGCAUGGUGUGCCUGACGUGUGUUUUCUACACUGUUUUGGGAGGUUUGAGAGCCGUGGUGUGGACGGACGCCCUCCAAGUAGGUGUAAUGGUGACGGCGGUGGUGGUGGUCACGGGUCUGGGGACCUACGAGGUCGGCGGCCCGUCGGCGGUCUGGCAAAAGGCCCAGGACGCGGGCCGCAUCGAGUUUUUCAACUUCGAGCCAUCGCCGUACACGAGGCACACGGUCUGGACGGUGUUUUUCGGCUCGGGGCUCUACUGCACCGCGUACAUAGCCGUCAACCAGACGAUGGUCCAGCGCUACUCCUCGCUCUCCAGCACGAAAGUUUGCAAACAGGCAGUUGGCUGGUUCAUCGCCGGUACGAUUCUCUUCAUUUCGUUGUGCUGCUGGUGCGGACUGGUGCUGCUCGCGUGGUGGUCACCCCCAAAGUGCGAUCCCCGAGCUACGGGUGCCCUAGUCGCCGACGACCAGCUACUGCCUGCCUUCGUCAUGGAAAUAGCCGGGAAACUGCACGGCGUUCCCGGGCUCUUCAUUGCCGGCAUCUUUGGAGCGGCACUCAGCUCCCUGUCCGUCGGACUGAACUCUACGUCCGUCGUGCUUCUCGAGGAUUUCGUCAAGGGCUGCUUCAAGCUGAAACCCAACGAGAAGUGGGCCACUAUUUUCGUUAAGAGUGUCGUUGUGAUUCUAGGCUUAGUUGCUCUGUCCUUGAUAUUUAUCGUCGAGAAGUUGGGAGGAGUUUUGUCUGUGACCAACAGCCUGGCCGCUGUCGCAGCUGGUGUGUCCUUUGGAGUUUUCACUCUCGGCAUGUUGGUUCCUUGGACGAAUUCUAAGGGUGCCUUCGUGGGCGCCGUCGCGGGAUUUUUGGUAUCUGGUUGGGCGUGUCUCGGUGCCAACGCGGCCAUCAGCUCUGGCUCGAUCGUUCCGAAAAAACUGCCCGUUCCCACGGACCACUGUCCAGCCAACGUGACCGAGAGCUUCUUGAAACAGUUCGAGUAUCCAAACGAGGAUGACGUUUUUCCCCUCUACCGGCUGUCUUACCACUGUUUUUCCGGCAUAGGCAUCGUCAUUGUCAUGGCGGUGGGCAGCUUAGUCUCGUGGAUGACCAAGCCGCUCGACCCGUCGACCAUCAACAAAGACCUACUGUCGCCCGUGAUUUACAGGUGGCUCCCGGAGCAAAGGAUAUACGACGAGGUGUGCACGUGGAACCGCGAGGAUUUGCCCGAUCGACUAGGCCCGAGUGUUUCCGCAGGCGCUGGUCUCGCGGACAGAUCCCCGAGCAACAGUAUUUCACGAAUAACCGCCACGCGACAUGUUUCCACCGAUGUUUAGUCCAAAUUCGGUUGGGGAGAGAUGACAAAAUGCCAAACGUCUAUUUUUUUUUUUUUUUUAUACGCACGUGUUUACGUUUAAACUUAGUAUGUACUUAACCGGCAGGGGAGAUGGUCCAAGGUACACAGGUAUAUUUAUACUUAUUGUUUUAGGCAAGUUUGUUCUUCAUUUUACCAGACAGUUCUUCUUGUUUUUUUUUU